GUGGCCACAUCCCGGACGGAAGCCGAGAAGGCGGACAAGAUUACGGAAGAAACUUUAGGCCCAAGAACCGUGUUACUGAACCACCAAACGAGAACCCUGGCAUCGGCAGAAGAGCAAGAUGGGCAGGUCCUUUAUCCAACUGACGCGGUGCUGAGCAACAGUUGGUCCCAACCCGCCACCCCGCGAUAUGAAAAAGUCUUGGCACCUGCCCUUUGGGGUUACAUCGCGGCGUGCGAAUAUUCGAGCCAAGAUGUUGUGACCCGCGUCUUGGCCCUCGGGUGCAGCAGCAUCGAAAGUGCUUCUUCUAUGCCUCUCGCCUUCUUUUCCAACGGCAAACUACUUGCGGUAACACUCACCCGUUAUUGCAUGACCAAGGCUAGCAGAACAAUCAGGCUAGGCGAGCCCGGCUUUGCUGACAGAACUUGCUGGGCUCGAGUUCUGCUUAUCAGUUGCAUCAAUUGGGCCCGCUGA